AUGGCGGCGGCGCUGCCCGAGCUCCGGGACGAGCUGGUUGAGAGCGACGAUGAUGGGGAGGAUGAAGACGAUAAUAACGUCGGUGGCAGCGAUACCAGCAGUGAAGAUAGCGAGGAUGAGGAUGAGGAUGAACACGAAGAUUCCUAUGUUGGCGAUGGUUCGGAAUCAGGGGACUCGGUCGAGAUUAUUUUGGGCAGUCCGGGUGCGGUGAAUCACCACCAGACAACUUCUGUGCCAGGAAGUCCAGUCAUUUUGAAUUAUGGAGCACAGAGACACUCGAUUCCCUCACCCUUUGAAGACAACCCGGGACUAUACAACAACGCCAAUUCUGAAAACGGAGUGACAGUGGAGGAAGACACCAUGGAGCACUCUCUGCCAAAUAUGAUUGACCUUACGCUUGAGGACGAUGAAGAGCUUGAUGGACAUGAAGAUAUGCAAAAUGAAACUCAAAAUAGCAGUCAAACGAUACGGGACGACACAAUGAAGGCGGAGCCAACCUCUGAAGAUACUGGAGCGAACACAACUCUCUCACCUGUGCCUGCUAAUGCAAACUUAAACCCAAGUAUCCAAGAAGAAUCGCUUUUUGUCGACGACAAUAACGGUAUUAGCAACUCAACUGGGGAGGCCGCAGACAACAACCGUACGAGUCUAUCUCCAGAAAACGAUGCGAUGCGGGCCAUCAACGCUCAUGUUGAAGACUCCCAAGAACAUAGAAGCGUGGCAAGAAGCAACAGUGGCUCAGAGGGCAACAUGUUCCUUAGUCCGACCCCAUAUGGCCAAAUAGUACAUCAGAGUACCAGCACAGGCGCGAGAACGGUCCGAAGUGGAAUAUCCUCCUUGUCUCUAGGAGGUGGCGACUCAAAUGGCUCCAGGUCGCCGUCAUCUGAGAGUUGCGCAAGUAGAACGAGUAAACGCUCUCACGAUGACAACGACAAGGGCUCGGACAGAGAAUCUGGGUCUAGGAAGAGGCCGCGAAGCGAGGGGCCAGCAUGUGUUGGGCUUGGUAGUAGUAUGGAAAAUUGCAUAGAGCUUUGA